AAAAAAGGGUCGGCCAAUUGGAGCUGUUUUGAAAUCGAUCGCACCAUUACGUAGGUGUGCGAUUCCCCCCGCCCACCGAAUUGAUUGACAGCUGCGCGUAUUAACAUAUCCUGAGUUUGCCGUUUCCGCCAUUAUCAGCGUGAACGUCGAAGCGAUGCCACCGAGAGAACACCCUUGUGCUAUUUUAGGAUGUAAGGCUCAGCACAAGAGCCUUCACCGUCUUCCUGCAAAUGAGCAACAGAGGCUUAAGUGGCUGAGUUUUAUCUUUGAAGACAAGGUGCCUGAAAAUGUACCAAAACUGUUGUAUGUUUGCGCUAACCACUUUAGCGUAGACUGCCUCGAGAACGCGGGACAAUACAACUCCGGAUUCGCGAGUAAAUUGUUUUUGAAAACUGGAUCAGUUCCUACAAUACGUGAUCCUGCCUCACUUCAAGCCACGACGUCGACAAUGAGCAACAAGGUGGAUGUUUGUUGCCAGACAGAACCAUUUCACACAUCUUUACACAGUGUUGGUACCCAGUUGUCUUUUAGGACGCUUCAGGCUAAACGCAGGAGUACAAGUGUCCAGACAACAGUAUCCAGUUUUGAACUGACUGUACCAUCAGCAUCCUCUACUGCGUUUAUGACUUCGACACCCCUCAAACCUUCACUAAAAAGACCUCGUCUGGAGCUGGAGGAGGAGAAGGAGGAGGAGGAAGAAGCCGAAGAGACUUUGACAGAGUCAAAAAUUAUAGCCCAAGACUCGGAUGUGAGAUUUGACCCUGCAGAGGAAUGCACAUCUGCAACUGAACCAACAGACUUGUCAAUCCAAGAAUGCCCAGUUCAUAACAUUGCCAAGUUCAUUGUCUAUGAAACAUGCCUCAUGGAGCUCUUCAGUGACUGCCCAGUGUGUCAAAGGAGAUGUGAUGUAAAGUCACAAAGGCUUGGGACAUUUCUGAGCGUACAGCAAGUCUGCCCACACUGCGAGUUUGUAAGAAAAUGGAACAGUCAGCCAAUUAUUGGUAGUACUCCAGCUAGCAACCUGCAUCUUUCUGCUGCAGUCUACUUGAGUGGUGCAUAAUUUUUUGUAGUUGAAAAGGUAAUUAUCUAUCAAAAUUUAUCACAUUUCUUUUAGAAACAUAAUAUAAAUUUUGUCACAGGGUGCAUGCACAUUGUACUAAAAAUUCUCCUCUCUGUUGUCAGGUAUUUGCUGCCAUGAAACUACACAUUUUUAAAUAUGAUUCAUUUCGUUGUCAUGCAAGACUUUGCAUUGAACCUGCUAUUGUCCACAAGUGGAGAAAUUGGCAGAGUGAAAUGCUAGAACAGCUCAGUCGAAGAGAGAAUGUGAUUGUUGGAGGAGAUAAGAGGGCUGACUCCCCAGGUCACUCGGCCAAGUAUGGGAGUUAUACAAUGAUGGACCUUGCAACUAACACAGUGGUCGACCUAAAGUUAGUCCAGAGUAAUGAGGUGGGCGGCAGUUACCAUAUGGAAAAAGAAGGCCUAAAGAGAAGCCUAGACCUGUUGGAUGCCCGCGGUGUUCGUCUGGAAUGCAUCAUCACAGACCGACAUCCUCAAAUACAGAAAUAUCUCAGGGAUCGAAAUGUCACUCAGUUUUUCGAUGUGUGGCAUAUCGAGAAAGGAAUUUCCAAAAAACUGGACAAGAUAUGCCAGAUAAAGGGGUGUGAGAAGUUGCGUAAAUGGUUGCGUAGCAUCAAAAACCACAUCUACUGGACUGCUGCAUCAUCCACAACAGGUCCUGAAAGAGUGGCAAAGUGGACCUCUAUCUUAAACCAUGUACAUGAAGACCCCAAUUUUCCGGCUUAUCUGCAUCCGCAACGGAUAAGCAGAGACAAGAACAAAUGGCUGUCGGCUGCAACGAUGCCAUUCUACAAGCUGGAGAAAGUUCUCGCUAACAAGAGAAUAUUGAAGGAUGUGGCCAAGCUAAGUCCUCACCACCAGACGUCAACUGUUGAAGCUUUCCACAGCGUCCUACUGCGGUUUGCACCCAAAAAUGUGGUAUUCCCAUUUCUGGGGAUGCUAUGCAGGUUGUACUUGGCUGCACUGCAUUACAAUGAAAAUGCCGGGCGUCCCCAGGCCACAUCAGCAACUGGUAAACCUAUUUACAAGCUUGCCUUUCCAAAGGCAAAGAAAGGAGAGUAUAGGGUCCGAAAAGUGAAGACGCAGCAAACUUUCGGUUAUGUAAAAGAGCUGCUGGACCUCAUCUUCAACCAAGUGUUUGUGGACCCAUCACCCUAUGUUGAUGAAGUGUUGGGAAUUCACAUACCACCUGCUCUAUCAUCAGCCUGCGAUCUACCUGAGAUGGAGGAGGCUAUCUCCAGCAGGGUGACCCGCUUCAAUCAAUAGCUAUCCUAAAACCCACAUAGCUGCCCUGCUCUUCAGGAAACUGUCUCCGAAUCUUCAGCACCACACAGGCAGGAAUCACAACACGGACUCUCCGCCCGAGGAAACCCCAACACCAGCUCGCAAAGCUCCGAUAAGCCAAAAAGCGGCACUGUCUAACAGAGACAUAAUAAUGAAACAUUGUUUUAGAAAUUGCACUACAAUUUGAACUUGGGAGUUAUCACAUAUACAUUUUUAUUUUUGAUAAAAUAACUAGCUUUAACAACAUUUCAGAAGUAAUAUUUUGUUUAUUCAACUGCCAAUGUUUGAUAUGUUUAUGUGUUUGUAGAUAUACUGUACUUUCUAAUGUUCAUGGACAAUUGUAUUUCAUUCAACAAAGUGACAACUUGAAGUUUAUAUUUUAUAUUUGCACAAGGAUACAUUUUAUAUUUGCCAAUCACAUUUUAAUUUAUACUUCAAUA